AUGUAUGAAGAAAAAUUACCAUCUGGAAACAUGAAUUUCCUUAAAAUUGCUAGAACACAUUUGUUAAAAGCUAAUAAUGCUAAUUUCUUCUUAAAUAACGCUCAACGUAUGGCUAGUACUGUUAGACCAUUAGGACCUAAAAAUAAAAUGCCUACAUUUAAAGGGACUGCAGUAGUUGAUGGGGAAUUUAAGACAAUUUCUGAUAAAGAUUAUCAUGGAAAAUGGGUUGUAAUGUUUUUUUAUCCACUUGAUUUUACCUUUGUUUGUCCAACAGAAAUUAUUGCUUUUAGUGAAAAAGCUAAAGAAUUUAAAAGUUUAGGUGCUGAAGCAAUUGCUUGUUCCUGUGAUUCACAUUUUUCACAUCUCGCAUGGGUUAAUACACCAAGAAAGAAGGGUGGUUUAGGUGAUAUGGAAAUUCCAGUUUUAGCUGAUUUUAACAAGGAUAUUUCAAGAAGUUUUGGAGUUUUAGAUGAAGAAUCAGGUUUAUCUUAUCGUGGAUUAUUUAUUAUUGAUCCAAAUGGUAAUAUACGCCAUUCUAGUGUUAACGAUCUUCCUGUUGGUAGAAGUGUCUCAGAAACUUUACGUCUUUUAAAGGCAUUCCAAUUUGUUGAUAAACAUGGAGAAGUUUGUCCUGCUGAAUGGGAAGAAGGAAAAGAUACAAUUAAACCAUCAGAAGCUACAAAAUAUUUUGAAAAAGUCAAUUAA